UGUCCAUACUAUGCAAACCGAGCUGGCCUUCGACUCGCACAGCUAAUACUAGCUCCAUAUCCACUCAUUUUGCAGCCCUCUGCCCGUAAGGCUGCUGGCCUCCAUCUUGAAGAUGCCGUGGUCAUAUUUGACGAGGCUCAUAACCUAUUGGAGGCCACAGCCAACGCCAUUGCCUCCGGAGGCUUGUUGCGUGCCAGUGACUUGAUCCGGGUUAAUCGCCUCCUUGUUUGCUACAUCGAGCACUACCGCCAUCGUCUCGCUGCCAUCUCAGUUCUUCGACUCAGGCAGUUGGCCACUGUAGCUAUGCGUCUCCAUGGGCUUUUAAUGAUGACUGCUGGAAAACCAGCAAGAGGACAAGAACCCAUGGCAGAUAAAUCAUCACUAGGCCCGCGAUCUGAUUGUGGGUACAGGAGAAGCGGCUUUGUAGUCUCUUCGGCAUAG